GAAUGUGGGAUUAUGUUGUGUCAAUAAGUUUAAGGUGGAGAGAGCGAGGCUGGGGGUGGCGGCGGAGGGGAGGAGGAAGGCCUUGGCUGUUUAAAGUCUUAUUUCUGAAGGUCACUAUCAUAUGACAAAGGGUUUGCCGCAGUUCAUCUUCUCCCUUUGUACUUUCCAUUUGCCUUCCUGGGUCACAGUAAUGAAAGGCAGUAAUAGAAAUAAAGAUCAUUCAGCAGAAGGAGAAGGGGCUGGAAAACGACCAAAACGGAAGUGUCUUCAGUGGCAUCCAUUGCUAGCAAAGAAAUUUCUUGACUUUUCAGAAGAGGAGGAAGAGGAAGAGGAAGAGGAAGAUAUUGAAAAGGUUCAACUUCUUGGGGCCAAUGGCCUAGAGCAAGAUGUUGGUGAGACUGAAGAUGAUGAAUCACCAGAACAGCGGGCCCGGAGACCAAUGAAUGCAUUUCUCUUAUUUUGCAAACGCCAUCGCUCCAUUGUACGUCAGGAACACCCCAGGCUUGAUAACCGAGGUGCUACAAAGAUACUAGCUGAUUGGUGGGCUGUUCUCGAUCCAAAGGAAAAGCAGAAAUACACAGACAUGGCCAAGGAGUAUAAAGACGCAUUUAUGAAAGCAAAUCCUGGCUACAAAUGGUGUUCUAACACAAACAAGCCUGUGAAAUCCCCAACACCCUCUGUCAAUCCACGAAAGAAACUAUGGGCCUUCCCAUCUGACUCUUCAAAAGACUCGCCAAGCCCCAAGAAAGCAAAGACUGAAGAAACACCUCAGCUUAACUUUGGAAUGGCCGAUCCUACUCAAAUGGGAGGUCUGAGCAUGCUGCUUUUAGCUGGAGAACAUGCUCUUGGCACACCAGAGGUAUCCUCUGGCAGUUGCAAGCCUGAUGUUUCAGAAUCCCCUGAACUGCGUCAGAAGUCACCAUUAUUUCAGUUUGCUGAGAUAUCUUCAAGUACAUCUCACCCCAAUGCUCCUUCAAAACAGUGUCAAUCAUCAGCCUUGUUUCAGUUUGCAGAGAUUUCUUCAAACACUUCGCAGUUGGGUGGUGCUGAACCUGUAAAACGCUGUGGAAAGUCUGCACUCUUUCAACUAGCAGAGAUGUGUCUGGCAUCAGAGGGGAUGAAAAUGGAAGAAUCCAAGCUAAUAAAAGCAAAAGAAUCAGAUGGUGGAAGAAUUAAAGAAUUGGAGAAGGCAAAAGAAGAAAGAGAAAUGAAAAUGGAGAAAACAGAUGAAGCCAAGUUACAGAAGGAAGCAGAAUUUGAAAAAUCAGCUAAGGAAAAUGCAAGAGAUUCUAAGGAAUUAAGAAAUUUUGAGGAGAUGCAAAUGAAUGAUAUAAUGGCUAUAAAAAUGGAAGAUCCCAAAGAAACUACCAAGGAAGACUUAGAUGAAGAUCAAAAAUACAGUCACUUCCCUGAUUUUUCUUACUCUGCCAGUAGCAAGAUAAUAAUAAGCGAUGUUCCCAGUAGAAAGGAUCACAUGUGCCAUCCUCAUGGAAUUAUGAUCAUUGAAGAUCCUGCAGCAUUAAACAAACCAGAAAAGCUAAAAAAGAAAAAGAAGAAAAGCAAAGUGGAUCGACAUGGGAAUGAUAAAUCCACACCCAAGAAGACAUGCAAAAAGAGGCAGUCCUCAGAGUCUGACAUCGAGAGUGUCAUAUACACCAUUGAAGCUGUUGCAAAGGGAGACUGGGGCAUCGAGAAACUUGGAGAAACCCCUCGCAAGAAGGUCCGCACAUCCUCAAGUGGCAAGGGAAGCAUUUUGGAUGCCAAGCCACCAAAGAAAAAAGUGAAAUCAAAAGAGAAGAAAAUGUCAAAGGAGAAAUCCUCAGAUACCACCAAAGAGUCAAGACCUCCAGAUUUCAUUAGUAUUUCUGCCAGCAAGAACAUUUCUGGUGAGGUGCCAGAGGGUAUAAAAGCAGAACCAUUGACCCCCACGGAGGAUGCAUCACCACCCAGCCUAUCAGGACCAACCAAGACGGAAGACAGUGACUCUCAAAGAAAAACUGAGACUUGUGGCUCCCGGAAAUCCGAGAGGUCUUGCAAAGGUGCUCUUUAUAAAACCCUGGUGUCUGAGGGCAUGCUCACCUCUCUGCGAGCCAAUGUUGACAGAGGGAAGCGAAGCUCAGGAAAAGGAAACUCUUCCGAUCAUGAAGGGUGUUGGAAUGAAGAAAGCUGGACAUUUAACCAGAGUGGGACCAGUGGUGGCAAGAAGUUCAGGAAGGCAAAGCCAAAGGAAGACUGCCUCUUUGGCAUAUCAAAGUUGGAUGAAGAAUUUGAAAAAAAAUUCAACAGCCUUCCUCAGUAUAGUCCUGUUACAUUUGACCGUAAAUGUGUACCUAUCCCAAGAAAAAAGAAGAAGACAGGAAACAUGCCCUCAGAACCGACUAAAACCAGCAAAGGUCCUUUCCAGUCUCAGAAAAAGAACUUAUUCCACAAAAUUGUCAGCAAAUAUAAGCACAAAAAGGAGAAGCCUAAUGUUCCAGAAAAAGGAAGUGGGGAUAAAUGGUCAAACAAGCAAUUCUUCUUGGAUGCCAUUCACCCUACAGAAGCCAUAUUUACAGAAGACAAAAACACCACAGAGCCUGCUCAUAAGAUUAAAAAUGCAAAAUCCCUCACUCCAGAGCCAACAGCAGCACAAGAACCGCUGGUGGGCAGCCAAAAGAGAAAAGCCAGGAAAACCAAGAUCACACACCUGGUCAGGACAGCAGAUGGCCGGGUGUCACCAGCAGGAGGUACUUUGGAAGACAAACCAAAGGAACAACUGCAGAGGAGUCUGCCUAAAGUAACCGCGACAGGCUGCAAUGACGAAUGCGCACACAGCGCCGAGGCUGCAGAGACGCGGAGCAGCACUCCAGAGAUGCCGGCCGUGUCUGCGUUCUUUAGCCUGGCCGCACUGGCUGAAGUGGCUGCCAUGGAAAACGUGCACAGAGGUCAGAGGUCAACUCCGCUCACCCAUGAUGGCCAGCCAAAAGAAAUGCCACAGGCUCCUGUACUUAUUUCCUGCGCUGACCAGUGAAGCGCCCUUUAAUUGUAAAACAUUGUGCUUUACCUACUACCCUAGCCUUGUCUUUACCGAGGGAUGCUAGUGAAUCCAUGUGGUGGAAAAUAUAGACUGCAAACAAGUGCUUGUUACCCUACACGGCCCAGAUUCACUUGAAGCAGAAGUUAGCCUCCUGGGCCCAUUUGUUCUUUCGGAACUCAGAUUCUUUGAGGGUGAUGUUAUCUGUCUGAUAAUGAACAGAAAUGGAAUGAUCCUAGAGCUUUGCUUUCUAUUGAAGGCUUUUGACAGUAAUAGGUGGUAACUUGGUAAAAGGCUGCCUUUACUGUAGCUCAUCCAGCAUCUCUUUUACCAACCAGAGAGUGUGAAACUAGUUUCGUAUAAUACCUAGUUAUUCUUUCAAAACAAAAAACAAAAAAACAAAAACUGACGCACUGCACUAGUUAUUAUUAGAUAUUCUUAGUCUUUUUUGUACAUGGAGAUUUGAGUUAUAAGAUGGUUUAUAUAAUAGGUUAUACCUACAUUUAUAUUGUAGAAUAAUAUUAAAAAGCCUGUUGCGAGACUCCCACGCAGCACGGGCAGGCAGAUGUACCAUUGUUAGCGGUGUAUGCUCGGCCUCGUGGUCCAUAUAUUCUGCACUUUUAUAUUUGCCACCAGAGUGGUAGUUUGCUGGCAAAAAAAGAGAGAAAAAAGUUACAAUUCUUACAAGCAGAAUUUUUUUCUUAGCCUUGAGUGACCAAGAAGAAUUUGCUUGGGGCAAAUUGUGGCAAAUAUUUUCCCAGACAGGGGAAGAGUCCUGCAGAUUACUGAUUACUGGUGUUUUCAUGCCUUGAGGAUUCUUUUAUUUUUACACAAGGGUCGAAGUGACCAAUGGAUUGUUCAUACAAACAAGAAAAAAAAAAGAAAAAUAUUAUUCAGAAGUGACCUUAGUAUUACUUCACUAUUCUGAACACAUUGAAGACACUCACUUCGUGUGGACGUUGAGCCACAGACUUUUUCCAUCCAUCCCAAACUGGACGGGUAGCAAUUGCUAUGCACAGCCUAACUGGCACUGCAGGUUUUUAGAGCCAUUUUGAGUUUGUGUUGUUAAGGAGGUAUUGAGUAACUGAUAAGGGAGGUGUGCCUGACCAGAGUGGGAAUGUCAGUCAUAGACCCACCUGCAAGUUUCUGUUUCCUUUUUGUGUUUUGUUGCUUUUGAACAUAAAACCAACCAUCAUAUGCCAGUGCCAAGUGGAUUAACUGGCUUAGAACAUUCAGCAUAUCGACUUAACCACCUGACAUUCACAGUGUCUUGUUUCCUAGCAACAGAUGCAAAGUGAUAAAUCAAAAUUAGUCAGAGGCUACAGAUUUUACAGGGUAUUUGUACCAUAGCACAAAGUAUUUCCCCACUCUUACAUCGUAGCACAAACUACCAAAUUUCAAUUAUUGGAUUCCAGCAAUAAUUUUUAUUGGUUUUCAAACUGGCGGAAUUUUGAUAGUGUUAGCUCAAGUUUGAAGCUUUUGAAUUAGAUCUCUAAAUGAUGACAGUUUACAAGGUUUUAUCUAGCUUUCUUAUUUAUACUUGACUGAAUUGUAAUGAUGAUUUUUUUCUAAUCGUAAUUUGACCUAAUAGCCAUAUGAAAAAUGACUCUAGUAGUACUAAGUUUAGCUUCUCACUGUUGUAGAUAUUACUACACUUUCAGUGCUGGAAAAUAUGUGCAACAUACUAACAGAGUUGAAGAAGCAUAUAUAGAGAGAGGUUUUUUUCAAAGCAGGUAAAGAGGACAGCAGAGCAUUGGAACAGUGUUCUCCAAAAUACAUACUCAUUGUGGGUGUGGAGGAAGAAGGAAUUAGUAAGCAAGGUUAAUCAGAGGUUAAAGCUUAACCCCAUUCACAUAGAAAUAAAUCAGGUGAGCAGCCCCAGAUUUCAGCAUAAUGUUUUUACUACAAUGCUGUUUUAUUAAUAUUUUCUAAAUGUCAAAACACAAAGUGAAUGUGUAGAAAUUGCUGGGUCCCAGUGUUGGUGGCUGUUGGGAGUUUUUGGACCACUUGCUAGCAAUGAUUUUAAAAUUAUUAGCUAAAAUCCAAAAAAAAAACCAAACCAACAACAAAAAUUGUAUGGUGCAGAACAUGCAUCUUGACAAUGGUACUAACUUGUUAUUCUAUAGAACACGUUAGAAUAGGUCUAUUUUUGCCAGAGCACCCUUCUUCAGUCCUCUGAUUACAUUUCACUAGAGUUCCUCAAGAGAUUGCUGUAUAUUCAUGGGACCUUUUUUUAAAAAGAAGCAAAGCAAAAGAUUACUUUUUUCUAUGUGAUUAAUAUCUUACUUGAUCUGCUUUUCCUAAACCUCAGUGGCUUUUCCCUUAGGCAGGGGUGGGAGGGGGAGGGCAACAACUGGAUAUGACUGUUUUCAAAUACUUAAAAAAAAAAAAACCUUUUUGUAGAAAUGCUUAAUUUUUAAGCGGUUAUUUAGGCACUGAGAGUAGCAGAAAUCCUGCAAAGCUUUAUAGACCUUUAGACACUCGCCUUGUCGUUUCUCUGAGUGGAAGUCUUGAUUUCAAUAUUAGUGCUUUUCUCAUGCCCUGAAUCCUCUGGGAAGGGGUGUCGGUAUUUUCAAGUAACAACAUUUGUUAGCUUGAAUAUUUCAGACCAACAUGUAGUCCCUCCACCUUUAUCAUUUUCAUUUCAUUUCUCUCAUUCUUCUUUACUUUGGAAAAUUGUAUUGCUAUGGCGUGUACCUUAAUCUGCCAGCAAACACCAUCUACACUAACAUUUGUUUCAUAAGCAUCCUCAAGAGAAAAAGUUGUUGCACCUUAUGUAUAUCUCAAGCAAACCAAAAUAUGCUCUUCUGCUAUGUUUUAUUCUAAAUUGUUGUAUCAUAUCUUUCUGAAACCAUUCUGAUUUAGUUGAAAUUAUCAAUAUUUAUGCUUUUAACCUUAAUUUCCGGAUUCAAACCUGUAUAUAAAUCUUUUGAAAAAAACUGUCCUAGCCCUUCUCUGUGAUGCUGGAAGUGGGUGAUUUAGUCUCAGAUGGAGACACAGUACUGUUUCAGUUUCCUUUAGUCUUUUAUUUAUUUAGUUAUUCUGGAUAUUUCCUAUGUAAUUUUGAAGUGUGUAGAGUAUAUUAUAGUAACUGAAGCUGAAGCUCUAAGAAGCUGAGUGAAAGAAAAAAUACUGUAAGACAUCCUUUUAAAGUUUUUAUUUGUUUGGAUACUGUAAUGAGAUCAGGAAAAGGAAAAAUAUGUCCCACAGCCACAUUGAAGGUACAGGUUCUUAUCCCCAAAUUAGGUUAGUUCCCAGAUUUUUAGAUCAAAUCUAUUAAUUCAUUAAAGCCCCUGUUGUGAUUCUGACAGUCUCUUCCCCACCCCCACAAAUAUCAGGAAUAUUUUAUUUUAGUUCUGUCAGAUGAGCUUUCUACCAAUGCCAUCUCAAAGCUGAAAUACUGACAUCAUUCCCAUGUUACCGCUGAUACUCCAGUUCCUGCCAUUAAAACUGCUGGAGAAAAAAAAAAAGUGAUGGAACACUAUGAACAACAAGGAGCAUCUGAAUGGCCUAGUUAUUUAGAAUCCAACAUGUCUGAUCCUGUUAUUUUCUUACAUGCUACUCUGCCGAAGUCACAAAAUUUUGUUUGCACUCUGCAGUCGUUGGCUCAUCGUAUGACAAUGUUUGCAUCUCUGUAAAAUCUGAAGCAAAUUAUAAAUUGAUACAGAACCAGAAGGAAGCUGAAAACUGAAUGACAUGUUUUGUUUAUACAGUAUGUGUGGGGGAGGGGAGGGAUGGGAAAUAUCAAAUUGCUGUGUUCCAAGUUUGGCAUUUGGCAUUAAUGUGAAGCAGUGGGACCAUGCUGCCUGCUAAACUACUGUAUGAAUCCUAAGUGUUCUGGAGACCAGCAGCUAGAGGCUAGAGGCUGGAGGCUGGCAUCCAUACACCAGAGGAGAGAUGCCUCCUCUUCACAGAGAAUCAGGAAGGCAGAGAGGAGAAAGGCCUGGAUUCCUCGUUUAUAAAAGAAAAGUUGGGGUGUAUGUGAUACUCUCGAGGAGAUUCAGCUUUGAUUGCACUGCUCCACAGAGCCCUCAGAUAAGGCCAAUCCUAAUGGGCUACCUCGGCUUUAAAAGUUAAUUUCAGUUAAGUCGUUUCAAAGGUUUGUCUUUUGCUUCUACCCUCAGUGCCACUUUUUUCCACUGCAGUGUUUUGACUUCACAAACCGCCUUCUCCAGAGAGAACAAUGUAUUGCUGAAAAUGGGCAGUAGAAGCAAAUGCUGUUAUUACAUUUGACAUAUAAAGUAUUCAGAGUAACUGCUAGGUAGGUGGCAAUUAAAUUUUAGCUUUCCCCACAUAGGACCUUGUUUUGCACCUUAUGAAGAGUGUACUAAUUGUUAAUUAGAUGUUGCUUUUAUUUAUACAAGCAUUCCCAAAGAAUUAGAUUUGGAUUUUGUUUUUAUCUGAGUUUGGGACUUUUAAAAAUUAUCUUACUUAGAUUGACUAACAUUAUACUUAUAAUAAAAAAAGAAACAGUUGUUCACUUCAUCUCACCAGAUCUGUCUGGUGAAGUAUUCAGGGUUUGAUGGACUGCUUUGCUUUAGUGUGGAAGUGAUACUAAGUUCAUUAUACUCCAUAAUAAAUGACCUUGUCCUUUUUACUGGGGACAUUAUCUUCCUUAUGUUUCAGAACAAAGAAGCAACAAAAGAGUGAAUAAUAAGAAAUAUUUCUGACUCCCUCAUCCACCUCCAUGUGCUUAUACUAUGCUUCCUUUAAAAAUAUACAUAUUCUCACACACAAAAAAAAUUUCCUCUACUGGCCAAAUAUUAUUUGUGGUGGAAGAGGAAACCUUGUACUUACUUAAAAGUCCUUAUGGCCACUGUUUUCUUGGGGCAGUCAGUGGUCAAAAUUGAUCCUGCCCUCAAAUCGAUUUUCUUGCACAGAACUAGUUGUGAACAUACCUACUCUUUCCAAAGAUUUCUUAAUAGCUCGGGCCAGGACUGGUUACUGAGUAACAAGGACCUAAUUCAACGCCUCCAAACCCUCCCACCCUCACUGCAAAUCUUACCUCACAAGCUCUAAAUCAGAGGCGUGCAUGCUUCACGAACUAACACCGAGUUCUCUUUGUGGCCCCCGGAGGGGCUGGCUCCUGCCCCACUGACACCUCACAUUGGUGCCUCAGGCUCUUCAGAGUGGCAGAACUGGGGCUAGGGAAGGUUCACGAUCUGGAGGUCAGCACAUGCUCAGCAACAUUUUUCUCGUUUCAUUAGCACUAAAGUCUUUUGCCCUCAGGAAUUUGUCAAAGAAUAAAAACCACCUGAGAUUCCACAUGCCAGAUUAUGAACUUCCUCAUAGGUUUGAAUUGCUUAUUUGUCAUGAUUAAUCAUAGCUUCAUUUGACCACCAGGUCUCAAGUCUGUUGACAGUUUCAGCAUGAUCGAAUCGCUCAUUUGUUUUUGUUUUUGUUUUUGUUUUUGUUUUUUUUGCUUUCGGAAAUUGGCUUGGUUCUCUUUAGAGUUGGUGUAAACAUGCCAUGUAAUAAAUGAUUUCCACUUAAUGGUACAACAGAAUUAUUGCUUUCUUAGAUGUAUGUGUAGUAAAAGUCAAUAUACACAUUUAUAUAAUUUCUUUCUUCAAAAUCUUAUACUUAAUUUGAUAUUUCUAAAAAUUGCACAUGUAAGUCAUGUGUAUAACAUGCUAAAGUACUUUAACUGUGAUCUUAAAAAUGAAUAAAAAUAUUUAAUAAAAAUUUGAAAUAUUUUAAAGAUA